UCAACCUACUACUGCUGUACUUUACAAAAUGGAUACAUUAAUUCCUAACAAUUCAGUAAACAUUACCGAUGGUAAUGAUUUGGAAAUUAUUACAGGUAUUCCUUAUAAGAUAAUAAACGAUGGACAUUAUUUAGAUAAUGGGGGAGCAAAUUUUGGUUCAUAUGUUACUCUAUGUGGAAAUUCUUAUGACCGAAAUGAUUCCAAUUAUUCGAGGCAAAUAUGGUAUAUUGAAGAAUCAACAAAUCUUGGAGAAUAUAGAAUUUCCAGCAAUGGAAAAUAUUUAGAUACUUUUGGAGGUGAAAAUAAACAGUUGUGGAAAUUUGAAAUUGCCGAUUAUCAACUCAAGGCUGAAAUUGAAGAUUUUAAAUAUGAUGAAAAGAUUAAUGAUUUAGAUUCAUAUGCAACUAGAGAUUCUUUUAGUAUCUUUACUUCAAGAAAUCAAUCGAAUGGUUGUAAUAAGUUAGGAGUUACCUUAUCAGAGAAAAUGCAAAAUAUCACAUCUUGGUCCUUUAAUAAAAGCAAGGAGAUAGCAUUUUUGGAUAAACUUGAUGUCGAUAUAAAAGCAGAAUAUGCAGGAGUUAAAGGAAAUUUACCAGAAAUUAUAAAGUGGGAUAAUAAAACCACAUCUUUAGAAACUACCAAAAAAGUUCAAUUAGAUGAGACUACUGUUUCUGGAAAAUAUUCAUUGGAAAUUCAAAAAAAAGAAGACGUUGAGGUUAAAAUAACAUGGCACAAGGUUAAUUUAGAUAUUCAAUUUAUUGCAACAGCAAAAAUUAAAGGAUUUUCUGAUCGUCUAAGGAAAAAUGGAUCUGUAGCGAAAAUGGAGCAAGUAGAUGCCAAUGCUACAUUAUGUUUCUUAAGAAAUUCGGGUUUCGAAGGAACAAUUAUUGGCACGGAAGGAAAAAAUGUUUUAGUUGAAAUUACUGGUAAUGUUAAUAUUCAAGGCGCCUUGAAAUAUGAAAUAGAAAAGUCCAAUAUUUUUCUUCCCAGUUUAAAUACUGCAGUUGAUGACCACGUAGAUGAUGACCAUGUGCUUAUCUAA